AUGGCGGACGACGCAUCGGUGGCUGACCGGGCGCGGUGGGAGGCCAUCGCUGCCGAGCGUCGACGCGCGCUAGAGGCAGCACAGCGUGAGGCGCUCGCGCAGAUGCAGGCCGGCGUCUGCUGCGCCGGCUUCCGCUGGAACGAGAUUCCCGGCGGUACCGGUGCGCCGGCGGUUCACACCACCUCUCCGACAGGCAGCUUGGCCUUGGCUGAGCGGUCAACUACCCCGCCACAUUUUCUCACCGAUCUCCACAACCGCUGAUUCGUCUGCACCUCAAGGAUACUGGAUUUCAUCCGUCCACGUCGUCCCAAGAGGGCUACUACCACUCCACCGCUGCUUGCUGCCGACAAGGGCGACCACAUCGCCGUCGUCCGCGCCCUCGUUUCUCAUC